AUGGCGGCAGUUGGUAUUGAAACUGCGACAGGUUUACAACAACUUUUCAAAGACAUUUCUCCAAAAUUUAAACCUGUAGAGUCAGAAAGUAUUGUGAAAACUUUAAAAAAGAAUUAUGGAGGGAAAUUUGAUCUGCUGGAUAAUCACGAUCUGAUGGAAUGUUUUCAACUUCUUGAAAAGCAUGGCUAUGUAUCUGACAACAAACUUAACCUAAUCGAAGACUUCGUUGCUACAAAAUCUGACGAGGAGAAGCUCAUUAAGAAAGAUAUAGAUCGUUUCAAGGCCUCACGUUUGGGUAAAGGUGAUCCAGAGAAGAAGUUACAAGGACGGAGCGAAGAAAUCAAGAUAAUUAAUAAAAAACUGGAAUCGAAAGACACCGGAGUACUAAACUUGUUUGGAUCGUCUGGUGUAGGAAAGACAAAGCUUGCCAUUGAAGUUUGCUCACAGUGGCGAGGGAGUUAUCGUGUUUUUGAUUUACGAGAAGCAAAGGAUAUGAAAGCGAUCUAUUACAACAUGCUGCAUUCUCUCGAACUAGUAGUGCCAGUUGGUCGUGUUGAUCAAAAUUAUGUUGUUACCAAAAUUCUAGAGAAGGUUGAAGAGUUUAUAGGUAAGGAACAUGCCGUUCUGUUUCUGCUGGACAAUGUAGACCUCUUUACCGCAGGAAAAGGUAAAGAAGGGAAAAACUUGAAAACAGCUUUCAUGGAAUUUUUGGCAAAGCUCUCAGAAAGCAAAGGAGAACGAUCUCCUUUAAAGCUGCUUCUUACCUCUAGGACUGAGUUAAGAGGUCCCAAAAGGAUGGAUGAUUUUGAAGUGGGUUCGCUAGAGAGGAAUUCUUCAGAGAGACUAAUUUUUCCUAAGGGAAUGACUGAUGUUAAACCAGAGCUGAAGGAUAAUUUAAUGAGCAUUGCAAAAGGAUUCCCUCUAUUUCUAAAAGGACUAGGAGGUAUUAUGCGACAAGAACGAAAAUCUCCAGAAGAACUUAUUGCAGAAGUUGUGCAUGCUCUGAAAAAAAUGAAAGUGGAGGAGGAUGCAAGUGGAAAGCUUGCUAGUUUUGAUGAAGAAGGAGUGGAUGUCAAUCAGAUGUCUGCAGUCAGUUUAAUGUUUGAGACACUUUCCACAGAAAGGUUAAAGUUAUCUGCAGUAGUGGUUUCCUUGUUUCACGGGCCUUUCUCCGUGGCAACAGCUGCCAAAGUUCUUGGUAUUGACCCCUCAGAGGCCAUUGUUCAGUUAGAGGGUCUUGUAGCCAGCCAAAUAAUUUCUGUUGUUGAUGAAGAAGCAAAAGAAAGGAAGUAUGACAUUCACCCUCUCUUAUGGAAGUAUGCUGACAGUAUCAAGAAUCAUGAAGAUUUUCUUGCUCCUUACAUGGAGGCAAAAGCACGCUUUUAUGAACUUUUUAUGUCCAGGAUGGAGAAAAUUGCCAAACUGAUUGAGCCACAAUGUGUCAGAGCAUUCGAUUUGUUUGAGAAAGACAGAGGAAACUAUGAGUUUACUGUUGAGAUCUCCUUACAACCAGAGUAUUUCAUUGUUCCAGGUGAAUUCCAUGAGAUUGCUUUGAUUGCAUCUCUUUUCACUGCAAUGCUAACUGAUAAUAAAAUCAUCAUUCAGGUGUUUCAUUCUUGGGCUGAGAUGUGUGAAGACGAUGGAAAAACAGGUGAGGGGCGGUGAAACUUUUCAUGUUAUAUUGAAAUUUUUCAAAUCUCAUAUUUAGCUUUACUUUAUUGUCUGGGGAGACAUUGAAGAUGUUUCUUUGAAACAGCUUACAUGUAGUUUUAACUCAUUACAAAAGUUACCUUAUUUUGUUAUAUGGGAAGAUACAGUACCGCUCACGUAUACGUUAACCGAAAAACGCGAAUUAAACGCGCCAAAAAUCGCAUGCAAUUGCGAAUCAAAAAAAAAUCGUGCGCGUCAAAAAAUCGCACGUGUGCGCACGACUUUGAGAAAUGAACCUCAUCAGUAUGUAUGAGGUAGUCCAUUUGUUUUUCUAUUGUUGGCGGUUUAUUGUCUUAAAGAAUAGUUUACAAUGUACUAGCAAUAAAAUACCACACAGCUGCCAACGACAAGCAAACUUGUUCGUUGCAAUCGCCGUUCGAACCGACCUUCCCAAAAUGCUAUUACCAAUGCGACUUCGGAAUCGGAAUGUAUGAAUGAUUUAUCAUUUUCCAACGGAAUUCAUUUAUCAGAAUAGCUAUUUCUCACUUCAUAUAUAGAAACAUCCGUCGCAACGGCUUGGGAAUUUGUUCAAAAUAAAUCUAUUCUCAGUGUAUUGUAAUUCGGUAGAAUCAGCUAAGGCGCCCGAUUGUAACAAGUUGUGGCGUUCUGAAUGCAAACCCACGCACGAAUGUUUACUUCAUAGCUUUUGUCAUCGGUGAACAUGCUGUUCUCAAAAACUGGUUAAUUCAUCUCGCCAUUUAUACAAAAACUACUAAGUGCUACUCGCUUAUUUUAAUGGUGUUGUGUUACAGUAUGAUUACCUGUCACGACUACGUCUUGCUCUGACUCGUAUGCAAAUUUUUUAUGAGGAACCGGAUUCGCUUUUUGUUUCGAUAUUUGGCGAAUCAUCGAUCAAUGUUCACCAAAUUACUCGAAAAAAUGGAACGGAAAAAUUAACGGCAGAAUACAUGUAGCACAAGUUUGUUUGAGACUCGCCGGCGCGUGCAAUGAAACUGUUUACAUUACGGUGCGUCAACACCGAAGCGGGCGCCGAUUGCAAUUAAUUAAAACAGAACACCAUUCACAUUCUUUAAAAAGUAUAUUUUCUUCCUGAUCCUCACCGAAGAUGAUCGAGGUAGGUUUGAAGUUUCGAAGAAAUCAUCACCUGCGAUGCAAACACCAAAUUGUUUACAUUCCGCUACAUAAACAUCUUAAGGAGCGCUGAUUGCAGUAAAUAAAUUUAGAAGCAUAUUAGUGAGUAUUUGUUUCGUUACUCGCUUAAUGAAACUCGUGUUUCGAUGCCUUGACUAGCUGACAUUUUCCUUCCCAGCUGAUUCAUCAACAACUCAAAUCAAGCAAAUCUACUGCUUAUGCUCGUUAUCCAAAAAAUUCGCGAAGCGACGCGACAUGCGUGAGUGUAACGUGAUAGCUUUUUUCAUUAUGUAAAUUUUCCGUUGUUUACUCGCCGCUUUUUCAAACCUAGAAGUCCUUUGUUUCAUACAACAAUGAAAUACAGAAGAAACUUCUAGCACUGAAUAACAAAGGCACAUUAAUCACACAUUUUUUUCGACCGUGCGCGCAAAAAAAAUCGUAUAUAGGCGUCUGACUACCCAGAGAGAAGUCAAGAUAAAAAAGUUUGAUCCAAGUUCUGUAUAAUAAAUUAAUUGCUUGCUUGCUUGAGCCAUACCAGUCAACAUUAGUCCCUGUCAUUUAAGUACAGAAGGAGCUAUGUUCAGUCGCUACUGUCAAUAUUGGCCAAUAUACCUCAGUAUGGCCCUUAUGCUCAGUUAGUAUGAAGUUAUUAUCUCUUUUGUAAUAUGAGGCAGUAUCUCAUGGGAAUUCCUAUCACUAUUAAACACCUUCCUAUACAUUUUUACUUUUGUUUGAACCCCAUCAUCAGCACUCCUCAGUCCAUCAUUGAAUCCCAUGUUCUUAAGUUUAAACAUAAGAUUCAGUUUAUUAUAUAACCUUGUGGCUUUCUGCCAUCUAUGGCAGUUAAUGUAAUGACACAUGACCAUUUUAACUGUUAUUGCAGUUUGGCAAUUGGAACAGUGGAGGAGGACUAUAUGCAAGUAAUUAAAAUUUGACAGAGCCACUUUCAGAUUACAUAAUGUGCACAAUCAUCCCACCAAAAUUUCAGACUUGACCUGUCUGGAACAGCCAACUAGAUUUGGUGCUAAAGCUAUGAGUCACUGAAAUUUGAGUGACUACAUUAUUUUAUACCUUGCAAAUCAAACUUAAGAAAAAAAAUCUUUAGUAAGCAGGCUGUCCAGGUUCUGAUGAGCUUUAGGCUGAUAUAUUGAAUAAGGUGGCUCUGUCAUGGCACUUGCAGAUAUUUUGUGUCUCAGUUUUUUGUUACUUAUACUUUGCUGUUGAUACAGUCAAUUGGAAUUUUUGUGUUGUGCAAGACUGGGGUAAUUUUGCCAAUAAUUCUUAAGCCAGCUUGCACUGUGCAAUCAGCCAAGCUGAAAUUAUUCACCAAUUUACUCCCUGAAGUCAUAUUGCCAUCUCUUAUUUGAUUCCACAAGGGAACUGGGGAGAAGCUACUUAGGAGAGACUCUGAGGAUAAGACAGAUAACAAAAAUAGUAAAAAAAGAAAGAAAGAAAGAAAGAAAAAAAAAGUGAAAUUUGUAAACCACUACUUAGGGAACUGUUAUUGAAAACAAAAAACAAUAUGUCUUCUGAUAAUAAAUUUACACUUUGUCAUUUAUAUAUACUGAGCACACUUCAUCAGCAGUGAUAUCUGUUUAUUAGUUUGAUUCUUCAUCUUUGUACAGGUUCUCUUUCCCGAGCACAGCUAAAGUCCUGGGAAGCCAGGGAAGUUUCAGAUGUUGAUGGAACAGAGAGAGGAUUUGAAACAUUGAGGGAAGCUCUGAAUUCACUGGAGAAAGUUGAGGAUCAAGGUAGCGAAUCCUUUAUGCUCACCAAGGGGCUUUACUUGCAAACUAAAGGUGAAAUCCUCUGGAGAAACAGAGACUAUAAAAAGGCACUGGCAAGUCUGGAGUUGUCCUUAACUUUCUCUGAACCACUGCUAAAGGAGGAUACUAAUCUUGCCAGGUGCUACAAUGCUAUUGGAAACAGCUUUUUUCAUCUGGACCAGCCCAGGAAAGCGCUUGAGUUCUAUGAAAAAGCCUACAAAAUGCAAGAGAAAUUAGCAUCUGAGAAUCACUUUGACAUGCCAAUGUACAAGAAUCAGAUUGGAACUGCGUAUGAAGGCCUUAAAGAUUAUGAAAAGGCGGUUCAAUGGUACAGAGAUGCACUAAGUCUUCUGGAGGACCUUAAACUUAUAGGUAAUUUGGAUGAGGCACUCUUCUCAAGAAAUCUUGCUAAUGCACUCAUGUUUCAAGAGAAAUAUAGAGAGGCAAUUGAACCUUCAGAGAGGGCUUACAACAUAAGGAUGAAGCUUCUUGGAAAUCACCCACAGACUGUGCGCAGCAUUUUUCAACGAGGGAUCCUUCAGGCCAAUCUUAAACAUCGAAAAAAAGCUUUGAAGCUGUUUCUUGAAGCAUGGAAGAUGGAAAAGUCACUUGGUGUAGGAAACCAUAGUGAAGUGUGGCGAAAGAUUAUCAAACGUGUGGAAAAUAUGUGUGAUCUGACAUUGAAUAUUCUACGGAAGAAGUCAUUUAGGAAAGAGGCUUUCAAGUUUUGUCAACGUUUCUGGGAAGAACAGAAAGCUUCUCAACAAUUCACUUUCAAUAUGUUUAACAAAGGCAUCGUUGAUGCUCUGAAUGAUCUUGCUCAUGGCAAGAAAGACAAAGCUGUAGUGCAAAAGGAACAGUUUUGGUUCUACGAGGCGAGGUGCAAUGCUAACGAGAAAGAGUUUCAAGAGGACUUUGAUUUGGAAACUGAUAAUGAUGCUCUCUGUGUCAUGCUGAGUGACAGGGAAAAUCUCUUGGAUGACACAGUGGUGCUCUGUUCUCGACUUAAGGAACACGAGAAGGUGAGGAAAUACAAAAUGGACAAGGUGGCUUUGUACAAAAUGUUUCUGGUGAGAGUGGGUUUCCUAGGAAACAAAGAGGAUGGGUCGGACAAAGCGUCAUUGAAGAUGAAGGUAGAAGAACUUUACAAAGAGACAGGACAAAAAGGAAUGAUCGUGAAAUUUCAAGAGACAUUGUUGGAUUCGUGGCAAACGCAAUGGGAAGAAGGAAAAAGUAACGAAAAAACAGAGAAGAUCGGCUUGAAGAGGGAGAGAACAAUCGAGGGAAUUCUGAAUCUGUGCCUGGAACUAAAAAAAGUAAACAUGUACAGACGGUAUGGACAAGAAGCAUUGAGCUUUUAUGAGGAAAUAUGGGAGAUAAAACAUGCUGAGAUGAAGGACCGUGAAAUGAAGAAGUUUCUUCUUAAACUCAAAGAGUUGGCAUCGUCCAUUGAAGAUUACACUAGCGAGAAGUUUUACAAAAUUGCAUUGCAGGUAAGAUCACGCUUAUUUAUCAACAAAAGUAAACAUCGACCUUGUCUGUUGUGCAAGCAGUUUUUGUAUCAGCUGUUUUCUCUUCACUUUGCCCACAUGACUGAACUCUUUUACUUCCAAGAUCUAAUUAGUGAUUCUCCUUACUGUCUACCAAACAAUUCUUAUAAUGUUAUUUUGGAUAAUUUGGUUUUGGAUCAACUUGUAAUAUCCUUAUGGAUAUUUUUCUUUAUUCUCACAACUUUUCUGCUUGUUAUUGCAUUGGUAUUGUAAGGAGAACUUCUGUCUUGGUCACUCUUGGGAGGAAAAGGGCUAAUCCCAUCAUUUAAUGUAUGUUUUUGUUCUGUUUUGCUCUGUUUUCUGUUCUGAUUUGAUGUAGUUACCACUGGCGAUAAAUCCUCAUUGCUGGACACUGAUAUUGCAAGCAGAUGAGCUUGUACAUUUAUCAGGAUAUAUUAGUAAACAUGAACUUUUUUGAUUCAUGAUCUAUCGCGGCAAACAGGUCCAGGAAUUCUCAUUAAAAUUUCAGAUACUUGUAGUUUCUAAGCUUCUGUCUUCAACUGUUGUGUUUUGUUUCCAGGCGCUGAAUGAAACCGGGAAACAUCCAGGAGCCAAAUUAAGGCCAAGAGGUACUACAAUUAUAGAGAAUUUUGAAUUUUUGUGAACUCGAACAUCUGAAAGAGAAAUAUUAUGACGGUUCAUGCUGUCAAAGAUCCAGACUUCCUUCUUGCCUGGUUUUUAGUUUCCAUGGCUUUACCUAUAGCAUGUUGCCUUCUCCUGACCUUUCUAUCUUCUCCUAUAGCUGCACAUACUUCUCCUACACCGAAGGAAGAGGAGAAGGUUAGUGAAGAAGAUGAAUUGGAGAUCGAAAUUGGUUCAGAAGAAGAGAGUGAGGUUGGAGCUGAGGAGCAAGGAGACACAGAUGAAGAUGUUCAAACUGAGGACAGAACCAUCAUCUUCAAGUAAGUAACAAAAUUUCGUUUUUCAAUAUCUUAUCUUCGAAUAAUUACACAGAUGAUCGUGGAGACGUGCUCUUUGGUUGGUCGAGAAUUCUACGUAUUUUUAUCUAUAAUGAACCCGCUAGUAAUUAUUACAAUAGCGAAGAGCUGAAUUGAAAAUAGCCGCUGUCUAUCUUUUUACUAUGUUUCUGGGGAAGAAAACAAACAAAAAAAAAACAAUUCAGUUCCUCUGAUACUUUCUCUAGGAACUUGACUUUAAGAAUCAUAUUCCUUGUCUUCACGAGUAGUCUAAGUAGUCAAGUAGUCGUCCGAAACUUAACAACAAGACAGGCUCGUGUAUGUUUUUAUUUAUUUUGUUCGCAACCGCAAAAUGUCAUGCAUCUCACUUUUCUCACUGCCUAUCACGGAAUAAAUAGCGAGUAGCGUAGCCAAUCAGAUUUCAGUAUUUGUGAUAGAACAAAUGUAGAUUCAUGUUAAUGUCGAAGAAUUCGACAUUUUCCCGUCACCCUUCGCGAAGAACUGUUUAACGAUUGAUCGUCAGUUCAGUUUUGAUUACUUGACGUCAUUUUUGAUUCUCCCACUGCAUGAUGAAAAGAAUUUUUUUAACGGAAGUCUCAUCAUCUAUUCUAUCAAGAUGAUGUUGAUCAAACUCAGUCACAAGAUUACUAUAAAUUACUUAUUUAUUAUCUUGAAUCUCACAGAGACACUGUAACAGUACAAGGUGGCCACUGGGACGCGAGGAAGGCAGCAACUCACUUGGUAUUUCCACCUGGUUUUGUUGCUGAAGACACUGCGCUGACUCUUUUCAGAUGGAAACCCUCCCUGUGUUCACCUCCUCUUCAGCCAAAUGAAGCCGUAGUUAGUAAUGUUCUUGAACUAUCGGCAGAAGGCGCUGAAGGUCUUCAGUUCAAAAAAGAAGUCACUGUGGGAAUUUCGCACAGCGGACCGGACCUUAGAGGAUAUGAAGUGGUGAUAAAGAACUUGACAGACGCAGAAAGAAAUGAAUGGGAAGAGGCUGAAGAAACAGUCGACUUUCGAUCUGUAUCAGGUAGAGGCUGGCUUUUAUCGUCAAUUUAUUACACAUUAGGUCUUAUUUGAAAAUGUCUGCUUAUUGAUUUCUUAACUGGUCUUUUCCAAGGAUUUAUCGUUCAUGUUUUGAUGCUUCUGCAUUGUCGAAAACCCUCUUCACUCAAACAGUAUAAAAAUUGGCUCUUUCAAAAUGGUCCGUAUGGCGUUGAAAUGAACAACAACAUUAAACCAAGGUUUUUCCUUAUGUUUGUUUGGUUUUUUUUUGUUUCGUGUUGUUUUGUUUAGUUUUUAUUUUAAUUGAAUUUGAUAUGGCACGAUCCACUUAACAGAUAACUUGCGUAACAAACAUUUCUGAGUUUGAUGACUUAUCAUUCUAACAUUACUUACACAGUACAAAGCUUCCAACAAUAACACCAUAACAUACAUACUAGAGAAGAAUGUCGACCCACCAAGUCACAAAUGAAAAUAAACGAGCCGAAAGCGAGGAAGUUUCAACGCGUUAUCAAGUGCAGUGACCCUCAUUUAAACUGGUAACUUUUUCUAAAUUUUCAUCCUCGGCUUAUUUUCAGAUCUGCAGAUGGCUUAUCGCGAUGAUUUUCCUGAUUAUUGCCUUCCUGUUGCUGAGACUAAAAUCACCCAGUGUUCCAAAUUUGCAGUGGUUUGCCGUCUCAAGGCCCACAAGUUCACCAUAACCUCGCAACCGUCCACCCUUUCGUUACCAGGCUUCCCAUUGGUCAAAGUGCACUUUCCCUCAAACGCAGUCUCCGCCCCAGAAGAAUUGCACGUGACUGUCACAGUAAGUGUCUGAUUGCGUCAAACAAUUACGGCUAGUUACAUGGUUCUUUGAGUCAAGCAAAAAAAUUUUUGUUAGUUCGUUUUCUUUUUCCAGUUAUUAAAUUAGUUAAGCCCAAAAUUGUUCUUUUUGUCGCUAUAUAUAAACAAUAGCCUCCAUUUGGCGCGAAAACAUGCACGGAUAUUUGUCCGCGGACAUUAUCUGUUCCGAGAUGCGACCAAGAGCGAAGCUCGAGGAAAACUGUGAGGAAAACUGUGAGCUUAGAGCUUCUCUUACCACUCAACGCAUGGCAACGUGAAGUCUUAAAUAAAUGAAUAUUUCAUAUAAUUAAUAUUAGUUCUGAAGAGGGGCUAACGCUCGAAAAGUCAGCUUAAGAUCUCUUUAUAGUGGGCAAUUUACAUCAGCAACUCAGUUGAUAAAAACAAAUUAUCUGUUUUAGAAUUGGAUUUUACGCUGGCCACAAUUUAUUGUUGGCUCGCUGUCUCGUCCAACUGACUGAAUUUUGUUUCUCCAUUGCUUGUAGAUCCAAGAAUUUCGCAGCAGAGAGUUAAGAAAUAAGGAGAUGUUGGCUGGCCCGAUACUCAGUAUUCUGUGCAGUAGGGAGGUGGAGUUCCAGGAACCAGUCACUGUACAGCUGCCGUUAUCCUUAAGAGACACGGAUCAGGCUGCUGAGUUAUUGGGUAUUCCUGAUCUGUCAUUAGUCCGUGCCCGAGUCUUGUUGCAACCAUCUGAUGGAACAGAACGAGAAUGGAACGAAAUUACAGAUGUUCUUGAUUCCCCCCCUCGGCUGGAGGGGACUGUCAUCAAAUUCAGCGUGAAGCACUUCUCGAGGUAUGCCAAAGUAACCAUCUGCUUUCAAAUUGUUAGAUGUUUUAUGAGCGCUUUGCGUCUCUAUUGGAGCAAUAUUUGAAAAACCUCAACUCGGAACAAAAAGAACUGAAAGCAAAAUAAAACGUAGGGAAUCAAGGAAGAUCGGGUUGAAAUUAGCACGACAAUAUCAGGGAACUUACAGCUGAUGUUUAUUUAGAGCGUGAAUUAUUUUCUUGCGAUUCAUCCCAAUCUUAUUCGAUUUACUUGUAAGUAGAUUAAAGGCAUCUCUCGAAUCAAUAUCAGAUUUUAAACAUCAUCUUACUUAUGUAAAUUCGCCUCACUCGUCAAUCAGGGGUCGAAAUUUUGUUCGCACCGUCUACAAAUGAUUCACAUCUUGCGCUUUGUAAAACCACGAGCUCUGCUUUUGCUUCUAUUGUAUUUUGCUUGAUUUUGUUAUUGGUAAUAUUAUUAUUAUUAUUACUAUUAUCAUUAUCAGUAUCGUUAUAUAUUUUUUGAAAGGCAAGGGGAUUAUUUUAUGUUUUAAGCUCAAGUUAGUUGCAGGAGGGAGGUAAUGCUGGUGUUGCUUUUGUUUGGUUGCAGACUUUGGGGCUGGAUAGAUUGGUGCGUUAAACCAGUCUUGUCUCAAAUGGUCGAAUUAGCACGUAGCUUUAACACACAAAACGUGCCCCAAGUGGCAGUUUUUACAGCUUGUCUUCCAGCAAAUACCAGCUUAGGUUCUACAAAAAUGCUGCGUGUGAUUUGCAGUUCAAGUAACGCGACACGGAAGCACAUUAAAGAUGAGGAGGAAUUCUUGUUGGAAGAAGAAAAUGCAUGGGAUUACAUGGCACCUCACGACGUGGCUUAUGUGUUUUUUUCAGGGAGCGUGGUUCAGCCGGCCGAGGUCGCGGAUUUAGAAGACUUUUUUGUCAGGUAACACUUCAGUAGGCAGUUGUCGAUACCUGGAACAUCAAGUUUGAUCUGAAAUAACAAAAUAUUGAUUAACAAAAAAUGUGAAAUUUUUGUGACCAUGGUGGUGAGUGAGUCACCUUCUCUAGAGGUAAUUUGAACUUAGUCGGUACUCGCAAAUUCAUCUGGUCGAGUGGCUGUUUGUCCAUCAGAUGUUAGAGAUUUAAGAUGCAUUUACAAUGCUAGUCGAGGACCACAUGAAAAAAUAUUUUCAGACCAAGUCUUAGAAUGAUUGCAAAGUGUUUGGAUAUUUUUGCGUGAAGUUCUAAAAAGUGUUUGUACUUUCGGAGAAGUUUCAUUAAUUAAAUGUGGUUGAUCAUUACUUUUUUCUUAUAAUAAUAUGCAUGAACAAAUUAAGCGCUCAUGAUUGGCUGAAAACGAGUGCAUUCUCAUGUAACACGAAUGAAGAUUGCAAAUAGCGCGAAUGUUUGAAACUAGAACCGCUACUAUAGUUGAAGUACACAAUAGCGAGCACGAAUGUAACACUUGGAAAGUAAAUCUAUGUGGACACAAAAUUACAGUUAUGUUACAUCUGAACAUCCAGCUGUGGUUGCAAGCGGCCAAUGUACUAUGCCUCCUUGUGAAUCUGAAAUUUAUUUUAGUGAUACUAUCAUUAUGACGAAGUUGCGCGGAGAAGUGUUAGUUACUUGUAAGAACUUGAUAAUCAAAUGAUUUUUCGCAGCUGCGAUUUGGCAGAGCAAUAUCAAUGCCCGAAUCAUGACGGUCAUGUAACGAAGGUACCGCCUUAGCUAUUGCUCAGCUUUUAGCCGAUAUUUUUCGAUCACAGCUUCAAAUGGCCCAACAUUUCAUGGCCCACUUCCUUUAGGAGACGAUUAUCCCUAAUCUUCCUUAUACGUCAAGACUUUUUCCUCCAUGCCUUGCAGAUUUGAAAAAGACGAUUCCUUUAAGAGGAGUUUGAGGGUACGGGUUGUCGACAAAGGAUGGCUGAAAAUUGAGUUCUACAACAGCAGAGAAAAGAAGCCAGAAAAUAAACUGUGCAAACUAGAAAUGGACCUUCCCCCUCGAAAAAGAGACAUUGAGGUAAGGGUAUUAUCAGAUAAAAAGCAAUACUGCAAAGACGUGGUUUUGACUUCUGUCUCGAAGCAAAAUAAACUGGACUAAACCAAACGCCGUUUUACUGACUUUGUCCUGAUGGGCGGGCAGGCUGGGAGCAUAGAACAUCGUUGAAAGCCAACAGCAAUCGUCUGCACAUAUCCAGGCUCUUGCCGGAAAAUAUAUAAUGCAUGGCAACCAAAGUCCAUUGAAAAUGAUCGUGAAUGACUCGAAAAAGUGUUUACGACCCUAGUAAGGAACUGGAAUCUGUCAGCUUGUCAGCAUUUAUCACGAGGGGAAGGGAGGGGUCACAUCAUUUUCAGGGGUAACGGAGGGGAGAUCAGUCGUCUCCAACAGAGCACAAAGGGGCACUAUAUAAAGAAAAGUGUAUUUAGGUUAACUGCCAAUCACGGGGGAAGGGUGGGGUCAUAUGAAUAUUACAGAGCCUCAUGGGGAACCAGGUAAAUUUUGUGUUGUGAAACUGCCAAAAGCGCCUGUAUACCCCCUCCUCCCCCUCCCCUCCCCCUCCCCGUGAUAAAUCGUGCCUAGUCCAUUGAAAAGUACAUGUGUAUUUGGAGUAGAAAAGUUAUUUCCUUCACGCACUGUUGGCGUUUCCCUGCCAGAUAAGGGCGUUCUACUGGAUAAUUAAACCCAAUUUUUCUCGCAGAAGACUCCCGUGGAGUUUUUUGGAGUUCCUUUGGAUGACAACAGCAUCCUUCACGAUGCUCCGUUUUCGGAAAUCCUAGCAGAAUGUCGAGGAGUGUUAGAAGAAAUGAACAAGGGGAGUACAUGGCGAAGUCAUGUUGAUAGGAACGUCGACGGACAAAAUCGAUGUAGUUUUUACAAAGCCCUGGCGAGCCUACCACCAGAUGACCAACAAAAAUGCUUUGAAAAGAUUGUUGAGUGUUUGCAGAGGAGUGAGAGAACCAAACACAUCGGAGAUCACCUCUUAAAAGGUAGAUUCAGUUUUGUGAGGUGCUUACCACCUCACGUUUCUCAUAACAACAUCAGUUCGCUCUUUCCGUUCCUUCCAACAUGUUACACUCUUGCAAUUUUCAGUUACUUAGCAGAAACACCAAAUGGCUAGAAGAAUCCCGAAGAAGGCUUUUAUCCGAAAAAGGGAAAACAUUUUCUAAUUACUUCGGCCUCCUACUGGGGAUGGGUACUUUUGAUUUACAAUAAGAUCAUACGACGUAAAGUUAAAAGUUUUUGUUUGUUGCGAAAUUUCAAAGUACUGACUUCACAGUGAGACUAGUUCAUGCAACAUUAUUUUGGAAGAGCAUGUGUUGUUUUUGAACGAAAAUGUGUGAUCUUUUAGCCGAGGUUUGACUUAAACUGUCAACCGGCCCUGGAAAUUGGUCAUUAUCCCUGAAUAUAAUGGACAGAGUUCCAGGUGAGAUCUUGUCGAUGCAAAGAAAAACAUCAGCAAUACAUAAUAAAUAAUUUCACGGUGACAAAGACGCUGCCUUAAUCUCGAGUGAUCUAGCAAAACGACACGAUCAGCGUACGACGUAAGGUUACCAGACAUUAUUAACAGAGUAAAAGGGGGACCCUAGAAAACUGACUGACAAUUACCUUCCAAUGACGGAAGAUCAUAAAAAUAUUGGAGAGCAUUAGAAGGUAUCAGGUGAAUUGUGUUGUGAGACUCGACUAAUUUAUACUUUUUUUUUUUCAGCUAAAGCUUUGAUUAAGAAACCGCCCACUGAAGGUGUGCUUGAUGUGAUAGCUGAGAAAUUGAGGACAGGUUCAUUGUGGAAGAAACUUGCUAGUAAAUUGAAGAUUAAGCGAUGCGUUAUUGCCAAUAUUCAAGAGGAAGAGGAGGAUGGGCAAGAGCGCUGCAGGGCAGCACUAGAAACCUGGCGUCAGAACAAAGGAUCUAGUGCGACAAGUAGAGAGUUAAUGUUGUGCUUAACGAACAUGGGAUAUGGUAAUGUGAACUGGCAUAUAAUGAUCGAACUCAACCUUGUUACCAGAGAUAAUAUACCACCGGAAGAGAGGGAAUGAUCGGUGUUCAAAAAAAAAAAAACACGAUGUUGGUAAAGACCUGGUUAAAUAUGAGUGCUCUUUUCCUACAUCACUGUGCGAAAGAAUUUGCCCCAUGAAGGCGUUGUAUCAUUACUGAAUUAGGGUUUUUUCGCAUGAAGGCCGGGAAACACUUUUAACAAGUUCCUUCCUUGCUAAGGGUAACUGGAGGAAUUAUAAUUGUCUUUUUAUCUUCCACAGAACUGUUUGUCUGCAACAAGUCGCACUAGUUUAGCAUGAUUUAAAUAAUACAAUAAUCGUAGCCAUAAAAUGAGUUGCCCGAGUCAUUGCCUCUUUUCUAGUGGGCUUCAAGUAAAUAGACAUAGCUAAAAUACUCUACAAUUUCCUGUUCGAUAAGAAUGUACAUAUUAGGAACUUUUAACUUAGUAUCCUUACAUUCGAUGCAACGUUUUACGUACCUCUUACUAGCCUCGUUUUCUCGGUCCGUACUGUAUUUUUGCGUUCGGUUUUAAAUACGGAAAAAUGAGUUUUAAACCCGUUCAAACAGUCAUGAUAGUUUAUGAUAGUUUUUAACUAUCACGCGCCUAUAAACAAGAACUUUCAUGCUUUAUCAUUGACUAUCAUCAACUAUCAUGACCGUUUGAACAGAGCUUUAGGCUUUUGAACUACACAUCUUAAUCAAUGUAUUGUGUAGAGUGUUCAAAGGAAAAAUAUCUUAUGAAAGAAAACUCAGAAUGAAGGUUAUUGAAUAUAGGCAUAGUUUUUAUCUAAUAGAAAGUUAAGAUAAAUUUUUAUGUUUAGGAAUUGUGCUUCACGAUACAAGCUGUUCGUUUAUACUCACAACGAACAUAUACAAAUAUACAAAUAAUUUUUUCUUCUAGAAAGUUUAUAUAAUUAUUUAUACUUAGGACUUUUGCUUCAAGAUGCAUGCAAACUGUGCGUUUAUUUUACUAGAGUGCACCGAGG